UUAUUUGACAGAUUCUAACUAAACAAACGUUUAGCGAUGCGUGUUUGUCUUAUGUAUAAUUGGAUAAUUUGCAGAAUGUAAUCAAUUAGUUCAGUGAUUAAUUAGUGAUUUGUACUGUGCAAGUGAGUACUGUGAAGAUGAUUAGGCAAGGCUACGAUCGUAAACUGGCUGAAAAGCUGAUCAUUCUUAACGAUAGAGGAGUGGGUAUGCUCACCCGCAUCUACAACAUCAAGAAGGCAUGCGGGGAUGCCAAAUCCAAGCCGGGUUUCUUAUCAGACAAAAACCUGGAAUCCUCGAUCAGAACCAUCACCAGGAGGUUUCCGCAGAUCGAUGUGAAAAGUCUGCAGCCACUGUUCCUGAUCAAGAAUGAAAUCAUCAAAUCGCUCUCCUUAUACUAUUACACGUUCGUAGAUUUGCUCGAUUUCAAGGAUAACGUGUCUGAGCUGCUCACAAGCAUGGAUGCGUAUCAAGUCCAUUUGGAUAUAACUUUGAACUUUGAGUUAACCAAAAAUUACAUGGAUUUGGUGGUCACCUAUGUGUCGUUGAUGAUUCUGCUUUCGAGGGUGGAUGAUAGAAAAGCGGUUUUAGGUCUGUUCAACGCCGCCUACGAGAUGGCCCAUUCGGAGGGUGACAAGAGUUUCCCCAGAUUGGGCACGAUGAUCAUCGACUACGAGAUGCCUUUCAAGAAGUUGGCGGAAGAGUUCGUGCCUCACUCGAGAUUAGUUCUGAGCGCGCUCAGUUCGCUCUACGAGACUUACAUGAAUCGUAACGUAUCUGCUGUUAAGUGGAGAUCGGAUUUUAAAUUGAGUUUGGUGGGGAAUCCGUCUCUGCUCUUGAAGCCAGUUAUUGCUGAUAGCAUGUCUUGCGAGUAUCUCUCGUUGGAUGUGAUGGACAGAUGGAUCAUCUUUGGAUUGACUCUGUGCUACAAUCAGAUCGCUACGGAUAUAUUCAAUCCGAUGUGGGUUGGGGCUUUGGAGUCGUCCUGGGCCGUGCCGCUGUUUCGUGACGAAGUUAUUCACAUUCAUCCGUACGUUUUGAGUUUCUUUGAGUUAAAUAAGAAUGUUAAAGGUAUUUCCAAGAGGAUUUCGGAGGUGAAGGAUUGCCAGAACCACGCCGUGCAGAAGGCUGGGUAUAAACAUAGGGAGCGGAGGAAAUUCUUGAGGACGGCUUUGAAGGAACUGGGAUUGAUUCUCACCGAUCAACCGGGGCUUUUAGGACCUAAAGCCUUGACGGUGUUCAUGGCUUUGUGCUACGCCAGAGACGAAGUGCUUUGGCUUUUGAGGCACAACGAUAACCCGUCGCACGCUAAAGGUAAAGGAAAGAGUCCUGAAGAUUUGGUGGAUAGGCAGUUGCCGGAGCUGCUGUUCCACAUGGAGGAAUUACGAGUUUUGGUGAGGAAAUACAGCCAGGUGAUGCAGAGGUAUUACGUGCAGUACCUCUCCGCUUACGACGCUAUUGCUCUGAAGAACAUGAUUCAGAAUAUGCAGGUGUGUCCGGAGGAUGAGAGCACGAUACUCUCUUCGCUUUGCAGCACCAUAUCCAAUUUAUCUAUUAAACAAGUGGAGGACAAUGAGUUGUUCGAUUUCAUCGCGUUCCGACUCGACUGGUUCCGCUUCCAAACGUUCAUCUCCGGCGGGAAAUCGUCUAUUAAGAUCUCCGACAACAAGGAGCUGGUGCACUUCUUCGACUCGGUGCAGUUCCACACGAGGAUGGUCGAUCACCUGGAUAACAUCAUCACGGAGACUUCGGAUUUGUCGAUCUUCUGCUUCUACAGCCGCAUCUUCGAGGAGCAGUUCCACAUGUGCUUGGAGUUCCCGGCGCAGAACCGUUACAUCACCGCGUUUCCUUCGAUCUGCAGCCACUUCCAGAACUGCACGCACGAGCUAUGCCCCGAAGAGAGGCACCAUAUUAGAGAGCGCAGUUUGUCGGUGGUGAAUAUCUUCUUGGAGGAGAUGGCCAAAGAGGCGAAGAAUAUCAUUACGGCUAUCUGCGAUGAGCAGUGCAAGAUGAGCGAUAAGUUGCUUCCGAAGAACUGCGCUAUCGUCAUAUCGCAGCAGAUGAACAGGAAGAAGAAAGAUAAGAACAAGAAGCACAUCCUGGAAGUGGAGAGGCCGGGGAAGGAGAGUUACCGGAAGACACGCGAGAAUUUGACUACAAUGGAUAAGCUGCAUAUGGCGCUGACCGAGCUGUGCUUCGCCAUCAAUUAUUGUCCGACGAUUAACGUUUGGGAAUACACCUUUGCACCGCGCGAAUAUCUCCAUCAACAUCUGGAGAAUCGCUUCGCUCAAGCUCUUGUUGGAAUGGUGAUGUUCAAACCGGAGACUAACGAAAUUGCGAAACCGACUGAGCUUUUGGCGAGCGUCAGGGCUUACAUGAACGUGCUGCAAACUGUUGAGAAUUACGUGCACAUCGAUAUAACGCGCGUCUUCAACAACUGUCUUCUUCAGCAGACGCAGAAAGUCGACAGCCACGGAGAUAAAACCAUCGCAGCGCAUUACACGCAAUGGUACAGCGAAGUGCUUUUACGACGAGUCAGCGCUGGGAACAUCUGCUUUUCGAUGAAUCAACGCGCCUUCGUCAGUUUAACAGCGGAAGGAGCGAUCCCGUUCAACGCUGAAGAGUUUUCAGACAUCAACGAGCUUCGAGCACUGUCCGAACUGAUCGGCCCUUACGGCAUGAAGCAGCUCAGCGAGACGUUGAUGUGGCACAUCUCCAGCCAAGUGCAGGAGCUGAAGAAAUUGGCCGGUGCGAACAAAGAAACUUUAACUGCGCUCCGAACGAACUUCGAUAAACCUGAGGUGAUGAAGGAGAACUUCAAGAAGUUGACCAACGUCGAGAACGUGCUCCAACGCAUGACCAUUGUUGGUGUUAUCCUGAGCUUCAGGCAGUUAGCGCAAUCUUCCCUCACCGACGUCUUGGAAGAGCGAAUCCCGUUUUUGCUGAGCUCGAUCCUCGAUUUCAAGCAUCAUCUUCCGAGCGGCGAUCCCAUGAAGAUCGUCAGCGAGAUGACCUCGGCCGCUGGUCUUCCAUGCAAAGUGGAUCCAACUCUGGUGAGCGCGCUGAAGGUGCAGAAUCAAGGCAACGAAGUCGAGAUGGAAGAUCAUUCACUCGUCUGUCUCCUGAUGGUCUUCGUCGCCGUAUCCAUUCCGAAACUGGCGAAGAACGAGGGUUCCUUCUAUCGCGCCUCCCUCGAAGGACAUUCCAACAACAUACACUGCAUGGCUCUGGCCAUAAACAACAUCUUCGGAGCGCUGUUCACGAUCUGCGGUAUGGGAGAUAUCGAAGAUAGGAUGAAGGAAUUCCUUGCUCUAGCUUCCUCGAGUUUGCUGCGCUUGGGUCAGGAGGCCGACAAAGAGGCGAUCAGGAAUCGCGAGUCCGUUUAUCUGCUGCUGGAUCAGAUCGUGCAGGAGUCGCCCUUCCUCACCAUGGACCUCCUGGAAUCCUGCUUUCCCUACGCACUCAUCCGCAACGCUUACCACGCAGUCUACAAGCAGGAGCAGGCGAUGGCAUAACUUCACCAAUUAGCCAAAAUCUAUUUAUUUUUUAACCUACCC